UCCUACACCCACCGCACUUCCACAUUACUCCCAUUUCUUUCCUAAUCUCAAUCUUCUUCUUCUCCAAAAUCUCUCUCUCUCUUUUGUUUAUUAUGUUAUACUUCAUCAAUGGAUUUUUUCAACUUUUGCAACGAGGGUAUAGUAGAGGAGAAGAUAAACAAGGAGCAAGAGGCAUGUACUCUAGAUGGAGCUGUUGAUCGACAUGGUCGUCCCGCGAUCCGGGAAAGAUCUGGAACAUGGAUUGCUGGAAUUCUUAUCUUAGUGAAUCAAGGACUGGCCACGUUGGCAUUCUUUGGAGUAGGUGUGAACUUGGUACUGUUUUUGACAAGGGUGUUGGGCCAGAAUAAUGCUGAGGCGGCAAACAAUGUGAGCAAAUGGACAGGCACCGUCUAUAUGUUCUCAUUGCUUGGCGCCUUCCUCAGUGACUCUUACUGGGGAAGGUACAAGACUUGUGCUAUCUUCCAGGCCAUCUUUGUCAUUGGACUUGUAUCAUUAUCAGUGUCAACCUACGCAUUCUUACUGAAGCCCAGUGGCUGUGGCGAUGAUAAAACUCCAUGUGGAUCUCAUUCAAAAAUCCAUAUUACACUGUUCUAUCUCUCUAUAUACUUGAUUGCCCUAGGAAACGGAGGGUACCAACCCAAUAUAGCUACAUUUGGGGCGGAUCAGUUUGAUGAAGAGGACCCCAAGGAAGGGAUAUCGAAAAUAGCCUUCUUCAGCUACUUUUACUUGGCUUUGAACCUUGGCUCUCUCUUUUCAAAUACUAUAUUGGGAUAUUUUGAGGAUGAAGGGAUGUGGACGCUGGGAUUUUGGGCUUCAGCUGCCUCUGCUACUGUGGCAUUGGUCCUGUUUCUGGUUGGAACUCCCAGAUACAGGCAUUUUAAACCCAGUGGCAAUCCUCUAGCCAGGUUUUGCCAAGUGGUGGUUGCAGCAACAAGAAAAUGGAAGGUCCAGAUGACUCCAGGUGAUGAGGAUCUCUUUGAGGUCGAUGUAAACGAAAAAUCCAAGAGUGGGGCUAGAAAGAUUUUCCACUCUCAAAGUUUCAAGUUCUUGAAUAGAGCGGCAGCCAUCACAUCGAACGAUUACAUUGACGAAGAGAAUGAUGCCAGCAAUAUUAAUCCCUGGCGUCUUUGCACGGUGACCCAAGUGGAAGAAGUUAAAUGCAUACUGAGACUCCUGCCAAUUUGGUUAUGCACAAUACUUUACUCAGUAAUUUUCACCCAAAUGGCAUCACUUUUUGUGGAACAAGGAGCUGCUAUGAAAACAAACAUUUCAAGAUUUCACAUCCCUCCAGCGAGCAUGUCUAGCUUUGAAAUUCUGAGUGUUGCAGCUUUCAUAUUUAUAUAUAGGAGAGUUGUUGAUCCUCUAGUUGCGAGACUAAGAAAGACAAAGUCAAAAGGUCUGACAGAGCUUCAGAGGAUGGGAAUCGGUCUUGUGAUAGCAAUAGCAGCAAUGGUAUCAACAGGAGUUGUAGAGAUAUUCAGGUUGAAGUAUGCGAAGAAAGAAUGUAGGAAUUGUGAAAGCGCAAGUUCAAUGAGCAUAUUUUGGCAAAUUCCUCAGUAUGUACUGAUAGGAGCAUCAGAGGUAUUUAUGUAUGUGGGUCAAUUAGAGUUCUUUAAUGGUCAGGCACCAGAUGGAUUAAAGAGUUUUGGAAGUGCACUUUGCAUGACAUCGAUAUCUCUGGGAAAUUAUGUAAGUAGCUUGCUUGUAACAAUUGUGAUGAAAAUAUCAACCAGAGAUGAUAUGCCUGGUUGGAUCCCAGGAAAUCUUAACAAAGGUCAUCUAGACAGAUUUUAUUUUCUUUUAGCAGCUUUAACAGCUGCUGAUCUCCUCGUCUACAUCAUCUGCGCUAGAUGGUAUAAGUAUAUCAAAUUUGAGGAAAGGAGUUGUAGGGGCCAACACAAUAUCAUCACCACUCUGCAGGCUGAUCUAAGAGUUUGAACUUAAUCUAUCUUUUUAAUUAAAUCACUUAGUGCAAGGGCUUUUCCUUUUGCCAUGAAACUUGGAGAAAUGCAUGCAUUUUUCAUUUCUCUCAGUUGAGCGCAAGGCUUUUAUUUAUUAUGAUAAGCAAGUUGAAAGUGUCUUCUGUAACCAUAGUAUCUUUUAUUUGUAUUUUAAUUCUAAUAUCGCUUUACCAA